AUGAAGGAAUCAAAGGGUUUGGAGUGGUGGGUGGUAAUGUUAGCUUUGAUAUGGCUUUGUGGUGUUGGGUGUUUUGGUUUUUGGGAGGAAGAGAGGGUUGCUCUCUUGCAACUCAAAGCUUCCAUAAACUACCCAAAUGGACCUUCUUUGCCAUCUUGGGAGGAUAGAGUGGAAGUUUAUAACAGUAUGGUGAGCGACUGUUGUUAUUGGGAAGGAGUUGAAUGCAACGAGACCACAUCUCAUGUAAUUAAGCUUUUCCUUAACUCUACAAGGGAUGGGUCUUUAGGAGAUUGGUAUUUCAAUGCCUCUUUGUUUCUUCCCUUUAAAGAGCUCCGAAAUCUUGACUUAUCUAAUAACCAGCUUGUUGGUUGGGUCGCAAAUGAAGGUUUCGAAAGAUUAUUUGUGUUGAGCAAGCUGGAGGUUCUUCGGUUGGAUUCCAAUUAUUUCAAUAACAGCAUCCUAUCAUCUCUAGGAUUGGUUUCGUCACUUCAGAGACUAUACAUAGGAGACAACUAUUUGAAUGGAUCUAUUCACCUGCAAGACUUUCCUGCUACGAGCAACCUGGAAGAGCUGGACUUGAGUUAUAACAGAAAUAUUGCCAGCCUCACUACCAUGAUAGGUAUGAAGAGCUUAAACAAGCUUCAAGUUCUUAGCAUGGAAGGCAUCAUAUUUAAUGCAAGUGUUUUACAUUCACUAGGUGCAUUGCCAUCUCUUAGGAAGUUAAUCCUUGCAGUAGAAGGAUUGGUCACCAAAAAAGAGUUGAGGGGUCUGAACAACUUGGAGCAUUUAAUUUUGGAUUAUUCAUCCAUCAAUGGGAGUUUUCUUCAUAACGCUGGAGUGAUGACUUCUCUAAGGGUUUUGUCAUUGUCUAACUGUGGACUUCGUGGCAGUCUACCUGCUCAAGGAUUUUGCGAUCUUAAGAACCUUGAAGAGCUAUACCUUGAUGACAAUGAUUUUGAGGGGAUAUUUCCUUCAUGUAUGGGAAACUUGACAUCGCUUCGAGCAUUGGAUCUCUCUUCCAAUAACUUGCAUGGAAGUGUUGCCCACUCUCCCCUUACUAUUCUCACUUCACUUGAAUACCUUUCCCUUUCAGAUAAUCACUUCAUGAUUCCAUUCUCAUUUGCCUCAUUUUCUAACCAUUCAAAGCUUGAGGUCAUUUUAAGUGAUAAUAACGUAGCAACAAUUGAAAAUGAAUCUCAAUCAUGGAUCCCGAGAUUUCAACUGAAGUUUUUUAGUUUGUCAAAUUGUGCCAUUAAAACACUACCUUCUUUCCUGUAUUACCAAAAUGAGAUGAUAGCUGUUGAUCUCUCCCACAACAACUUAUUGGGGAAGUUCCCCACCUGGUUGUUAGAGAAUAAUACGAGAUUGGAAUUACUUAACCUAGAGAAUAACUCUUUAAUGGGGUCUUUUCAAAUGCCUUCUUAUCCUAAUCCUCACAUUUCACAAUUAGAUGUUUCAGACAAUAACAUAACUGGUCAAAUUCCUAUAAAUUUAGAUAUGAUCUUUCCAAGCUUAGAGGUUGUCGACAUGUCCAAUAAUAUGAUUGAUGGUCGUAUUCCUCCUAGUUUUGGCAAUCUCAGUUCUUUACUGGCCAUAGACUUAUCUCAUAAUCGUUUAUCUGGAAGAAUACCAGAACAUCUGCAAAUGGGUCUUUCCUCCUUGGAGUUUCUCAAACUAUCAAAUAAUUACUUGCAUGGUCAAAUAUUUGGCAAUCUUCUCAACAUGGGUCAAUUGUGGGUGUUACAUUUGGACAACAAUCACUUUCUUGGAAACAUACCAGACUGCUUAUCAAAUGCCUCUACGUUGAGCACGGUCGAUAUUUCUAAUAACCAUUUGUCUGGCUUCCUUCCUCAGUGGAUCGGGAAUGUAUCGUCUUUAAGGCAAAUAAGUUUGGCCAAAAAUCACUUUGAAGGCCCCAUUCCAUUGGGAUUUUGCAAACUUAAUUUUCUUCCGUUUUUGGAUUUAUCUGAGAAUAACUUGUCAGGCUCUGUGCCAGCUUGCUUCAACCCUUCAUCCAUAAUGCAUCUCCAUCUGAAUAAGAAUAGAUUGAGUGGUCCAUUGACUCUUUCAUUCUAUGAUAACUCCAAUUUGGUGACAUUAGACCUUGGAGACAACAGGUUUACUGGUGAAAUCCCGAAUUGGAUAGGCAAACUUUCUGGAUUGAGGGUUCUUAUCUUGAAACGUAACAAUUUUGGAGGCAACAUUCCCAGUCAAUUAUGCCACUUGAAACAAUUAAGCAUGAUUGAUCUUUCUCAGAAUAGACUUUCUGGUCCUAUUCCUCAUUGCCUGUCUAACAUCACUUGUGAGUCGAGCUUUGAAAAAUCUUAUUUAUUUUUGGGACAAAUUGAGCUUCUUUAUCCAAGGGAAUUACCAUUUUCAAUCAUGGGAAUUAAUAGAUAUUUUGAUUUUCAAUUUAAUUCCUAUUUUGUUGAAAUGUCGAAUGCCAAAGAAACUGUGGAGUUCACAACAAAGAAUAGUACCUAUCCAUAUCAGGGCGCUGUCCUUGAUUUGAUUUCAGGGAUUGAUUUCUCUUGCAACGAAUUAACUGGUACUAUACCACCAGAAAUUGGGAACUUAAGUGAGCUCUUCAUGUUAAAUCUGUCGCAUAACAAUCUCCUUGGAUCCAUUCCGGCAUCGUUGUCCAACCUAAGUCAUAUUGAGAGUUUAGAUCUUUCCUAUAACAACUUGACCGGGAGUAUCCCCUCCGAAUUGAUUAAGUUGAACUUCUUGGAGGUCUUCAGUGUCGCCUACAACAAUUUAUCAGGUAAAACUCCAGAUUUGAAAGCUCAGUUUGCUACCUUCAGCGAGAGUAGUUACGAGGGAAAUCCUUAUCUUUGUGGACCUCCAUCACAAAACAAUUGUACUGAUGUCCGAGCACCAUCGUCAAUUCCAAAAGAUUCAGAGGAUGAGCAAAAUGAUGGUGGUUUCACUGACAUGGAUGUAUUUCAUGUGAGCUUUUUAGUGUCUUAUAUCAUGUUGUUAUUAGGAACUUUAGCAGUUCUUUAUGUGAACCCUCCUUGGCAAAGGGCAUGGCUCCAUUUGGUUGAAGCAUGUAUGACCUCUUGCUACUAUUUUGUUGUUGACAGUUUUCAUAAGUUGUUCAACCGCAACAUUGUGUGACCCAUUAGCUAGAUUUUUAUGUGUACUCUUUCAAUAAAAGCACUGUACUAUUUUAAAGUUUUCAGUAGAUAAUGGUUUCAGUUUAUGUACUUCUAUCAUUAGGUUAUGUUAUGCAUUUUACUUAUGUAGUCAUGAGAGUAAAAGGAAG